AGCGUGUGUUACGAAGCGAGUGUAAUCGAGGAUGAGCCGACUAUUUCUGAUCCUGUUGCUCGUGUACGUCGUCACGGCGACACGGUGCAUCAUCAAGGACGACAAGGACGAGCCGAAGGUUCACGUGAUCCGCUUAGGAGAACCAAGUGGAGAAUCGGACGAGUCGGACGUAGUCACACUACAGAUCCCGGACAGCCGACGGAAGCGGGAAACGCAUGACGAUUGCAAGAAGGAUGUCGACUGUCGCAAGGGACAAGUCUGUGUACCUUAUCUAGGAUGCAUCAGAGGACAUCGAACAAUGGAAAACCUCACGAAAAUGGCACCCAAAGUUAACCCGAAAGUAGCGAGAUAAAUCCUACUUACUGUACUAUUCUAUACGCACUGUUUCGAACAAUAAAGCUCAUUGG